UGCAAACAUGUCUCAUUCCCCCUUUUUAUACUGUGCCUGUUGGGACCCUUGGAAUGUGAGGGGUAAAAGGCUAAUGAAGACCAUGCCAGGCUUACCGAAUCAGAAAGCCAGGUCCUCUUCACUAGGCAUGAUCUUGAAAAACCAAAAUAGUUUCCUGUUUGCUCUAAAACCUCCCAGCACAUCCAAAGGGAUGUUGCCUCACAGAAAAUAUGGAUAUCGACUACGAAGCAGAGAACCACCUGAUGCUUCAGAGGAGUUCAUAGAAAUCUCACCUGGUUAUACCUUGACUCGAAGUAAAGAACAUCUCUCCGUCACGCUAGGAGAGGAAUUUUUUGAAAGAAAAAUCGCUGAAGAACCGGCCCCGCACUUUGUUCCCAGAAGCCCAGUGAAACUUGAGACGGAGGAUGUUAUUACUGACUUAGAGGAACAGAUUGCUGAGCUGACAGACAUGAUGGAGCAACUGCGCAGAGAUCACCAGGCCUCCCGCAAACUGUUGGAGAAGGAUAUGGAAGAAAAAUGCAAUGAGAUGCAACAGGAGCAUGAGAAUAAGAUCAGGGGACUCCAAGAAGCUCACUGUGCUGAGCUCCAGGCCUUGCAAGUGCAGUACAAGAAAGAACUGAGGACUGAGAGGGCCUCUGCACAAGAGAAAAUGGAGGGGAUGCAGAAGGAAUAUAAGUAUCUGAAGAAUGCUUUCCGAAUGUACCAGGACAGUGUUUCUGAUGAAAUGGAGGAGAAGUGGCUGAGAAGGCAGGCUGACUGGAAGAAGAGUGAGAGGAUUGAGCGGGAGAAGGCCUUGUUACAGCAAAAGCAGGAACUGAUGAAGAAAUUUGAGAUGGAGAGAGAGCAUCUAAAGAAAUCAUCUCAGAGUGGUAACUACAUGAUGAAUAAACUCCCACAGCAGGAAAGAGAGGAGUUUAUUAAACAGCACCAGGAAGAUGUGGAGAAAAUAAAAGAGUUGCAAAACAUCAAGGAGUCUCUGGAAGCCGAUUUGAAGGAGAAAGACCAGAUUCUCAAGGCUCUUACCACAACGAUGCAGAACGCUCAGGUGGAGCUUAAGAAAGAGAAAAGCAACCUUUUGGAGCUGGAGAAGAACAUUCAACAGAAAAUCUCGGCAGUUGAAUUAAAACACCAGCUCAAUAUCACUUCCCUGGCAGAUGAAAAUGCUUUUCUGAGACGCAAACUGAUCACAAAGAGGGAAGAAGCAUUUAACGAAAGAGUCCGGCGAAAGAGUCAGUUGUCAGUACUGCUCUAAUGAGAAUGUGAUCUUGUUACUAAGGGAAACUUGCUGAUGAUGGUAAAUCCAAACGUAACCAUAUGUUCAAGUUUAUUUUCCAUGUCUGUAGGCAAUGCCAAAUCUGCAGUCCCUCACUCUUCCAAAACCAUAUCAAUCAAUCAUAUCCAAGGUGUCAUGUUUUUGUCCUAUCGUUUCCUUAUUCUCUAUCCUGUAUUGCUUCAGGCCACAAGUCUGCUGCAAAUCACUGUUCUUGCUUGUUUCCAGACAGAGAGAUGGAUGCUGGCCCCAAGUGUGUGUGCUGCACUGUGAUGCUCAGCUGAGUCUUAUCUCUGCUUAAGCUCUCUCCUGCCAGGCCAAGCUGGUGUGGUGUAGAUGAAUGGUGCUCAGAGGCUGUUUUUAUCCCCUUCACUAAUCAUUACUACCGUAGUUAUUUGCUGCUAUAAAUGGGGAUGCUCCUCCUCCCAGGCAGUCUGACUUCUAGUCAGAGUCCUUCCUACACUUGGCUGAGGCUAUAUGGACUGGACAGCUAACUUUGUUGUUACUUACUUUUAGUUUAUAUCAUUUGCAACCCGUCUUUACCUUGUAAUAGCAUCAAAGCUCAUAAGCCCAGCAGUGCUUGGAGUCCCAACUACCAAGGGAGGUGUUGCAAGUAGUGAGUGUGGUGACUGUGGAUAUUUGACAUUCUUCUGUGCUCUGGUACUAGAAGUAGGAUUUGAAAACCAGUGAGGUAAGUAAAUGAGCUUCCCCAGGGCUGCCCAACCACUUCAGGCUUCCCUAGGGUUGCACCUUCCCAACUGAUUUAAUUCUUAGGUUCCUAAAAGCAGGUGCUCUGA